AUGAAUGUUCCUCUCUACCUCUUGACCUUCGCUCACUUGGUUUGCGCCGCCGCCGGAGAGGAGCGCGUCUCCCUGGAGAGCCAACUUCUGGAGGAGGGGAUCCGCUCGGGACGCAGGACGUGCAGGCUCUACUGCCGGGUGGGCAUCGGCUUCCAUCUGCAGAUUCAUCCGGACGGCAGAGUCAACGGCAGCCAUGCGCCCAACCAGCUGAGUGUCCUGGAGCUCUUUGCGGUGUCUCAGGGGGUCAUCGGCAUCAAAGGGGUCUUCAGUAACAGAUUCCUGGCCAUGAACAAGAGAGGACGGCUCCACGCCACCGAAGGCUUCACAGACGACUGUAAGUUCAGGGAACGUUUCCAGGAGAACAGCUACAACACGUACGCCUCGGUGAUCCACCGGAACCACAGGACGGGUCGCGACUGGUUUGUGGCCCUCAACAAGAGAGGCAAAGCUAAAAUGGGCUCGAGUCCACGGGUCAAAUCCCAGCACGUCUCCACCCACUUCUUACCGAGGGUCGACCUGCACGACAAGGCCGAGCGAGGCUUCACCAUCACAGACAGGAGCAAAGAGAGGAGGAAAUCCCCGCCGCCGCCACCGGCUCCACCCAAAGCUGUGGUGGCGAAGGCGAACGUCCACGCAGGAGCAGCUCAGAGACGGACGCAAGUCAAAUACUGGCCCAAGUACCGGUUUGGGUAGCCGUCACAAAGCUCUGCUCAGUUUGUGGGAUGUAAGGUUCAGGGACGUUUGACCUAAAACACUUGGACGUCACCCAAAGAACUGACGAUGGUCAUUUAUCAUAUUCACAACAUUCCGGGUAACAAAAAGGGUUGUCAGGUUCGAGUACAGAGCUUUACUUUGAUCCAGCUUUGAUCACUGUUGUGUUUUCGUUCCUCUUUAGUCGAUGAUGCCCUGUGCUGUUUUGUGUUAUG